GCUCUCCUGUUAAAAUCUGCAAUACUGCAUAGGAUAAAUGUCUGUACUGCUCCUUCUACAACAACACUGCAGAAUAGGGAAGAAUCUGCCUGUGCACAGCAUUAUGUCUUCUUCUACUGCAGGAAGAAACUGAAGUGAGAAAUAAGUGACUGAAAAAGAACGAUUUGAAGGAACAGAUUCAUUUCUUAACAAGAUCAAGUUUGAAUUAAAUGGCUGAUAAACAGAUCAGUUUACCUGCCAAGCUGAUCAAUGGAGGGAUAGCUGGGCUGAUCGGGGUCACCUGUGUAUUUCCCAUUGACCUGGCAAAAACUCGCCUGCAGAACCAGCAGAAUGGCCAACGGAUGUACACCAGCCUGUCUGACUGCCUCAUUAAAACAAUUCGGUCGGAAGGCUACUUUGGCAUGUACAGAGGGGCUGCAGUGAACUUGACUCUGGUGACACCAGAAAAGGCUAUCAAACUGGCAGCCAAUGACUUCUUCCGGCAUCACCUCUCCAAAGACGGGAAGAAGCUGACAUUGCUGAGGGAGAUGCUGGCGGGCUGUGGUGCAGGUACCUGCCAGGUGAUUGUCACCACUCCCAUGGAGAUGCUCAAAAUCCAGCUGCAGGAUGCAGGACGCAUUGCGGCACAGAAGAAGCUGAUGGCAGCGCAGGCCCAGCUCUCCUCCGCCGCGGCGGCCGAGCCGGCGGUGGAAACGCGCACCACGGCCACCCAGAUAACCAGGGAGCUGCUGCGGAGCAAAGGCAUCGCUGGACUCUACAAGGGCCUGGGAGCCACGCUGCUAAGGGAUGUCCCAUUCUCCAUUGUUUACUUCCCACUGUUUGCAAACCUGAACAAGCUGGGUCAAAAAGACCCCAAUGUCAAGGCUCCGUUCUACGUGUCCUUCCUCUCUGGAUGUGUGGCCGGCAGUACGGCCGCAGUGGCUGUCAAUCCUUGUGAUGUGAUCAAAACGCGGCUGCAGUCCUUGCAGAGAGGAGUGAAUGAGGACACCUACUCGGGGAUCCUGGACUGCACCAAGAAGAUCUGGCAGAGGGAAGGGCCCACGGCCUUCUUCAAAGGGGCCUACUGCCGAGCCCUGGUCAUUGCCCCUCUCUUCGGCAUUGCACAAGUCGUCUACUUCGUCGGCAUCGCGGAGUUCCUGCUGGACAUGCUCCCCAAGCGCCGGGCCUAGCUCCGCAGUGGCUGCGUGUGCCCUCCCGCCCUCUGCAGCGCUGGAUUCAUCCCCGUGUUCGCCAUCCGUGUCCAUCGAUGUCAGAGCAACAGCACAAAGGGUUCGCGCAGGGACGCGAAGGGACCUGGUGCCCAGAUGGGCAAACCUGGGGAAGGAGAGAGUCCCUUCUCUGCUGCCAUCUGGAACCUGCCCCCUCCCGCUCCUUCCACGGACAAUACUUAAUUAUGCAUCUCUCUCUCUUUUUAAUUUCUUGGUUUUUGGUUUUAAAUUGUCAUUCUUAAGGACACUGGUAAGCACAGAGUGGGCUUGCCGAUGCAGAAGUCUCCUCUCAGUCUUGGGGAGGAGGAGAGAUGGGAAAGAAUUAACUUCAACCCUCAUCCACUCAGUUUCUCUUUCUUCCUGGAGCUGCCAGCUGUCUGAGGAGGAGCUGGAGGGGCAGCCGUGUCCCCUCAACACCUCCUUGGUCUGCUGACCUCGGGUCAAGAGUGAAUGCUGCACAAAGGGGGCUUAUCUUGUUGCUGCUGGAGGCAGGGGUGGGGGGGAUGCUGGAUCUGGCAAGUUCCUUGGCCUGGAAACCUUCAGUCCUCCCUUCUCCCUUUUUAAAAACUAGUUGGACUUAAAUGAAUUCUGAUUGUUCCUAUU